AUGGAGGAGCGAAGUCAACUAUAUCCCAAAACCUACAAGAUCCAUGACUCCCAACAUAUGGUGUGGGUCCUGACAGGAAAUUCUUUAAUAGCAGUGCCUGCUAGCAACAACGUCAAGCCUGUCAUCCUUAGCAUGAUAGCAUGUAGAGAUACAGAAUUCCAAGACAAUGAAAAAGGUAAUCUAGUUUUCCUGGGAAUCGAGAGCAAAAGUCUCUUCUGCGCUGAAAUCGGGGGCACACCAACUUUGCAGCUUAAGGAUGUAGACAUCAUGGACAUAUACAAUGAGAGUAAAGCACAGAAAGCCUUUCUUUUCUACCACAGCACAGAGGGCUCCACUUCUGCCUUUCAGUCAGUCGCCUAUCCUGGCUGGUUCAUAGCCACCCCUUCCACAGCAAGACAGGCAAUCAUUCUCACACAGCAGAGGGGUGAAGUUAAUAACACUAACUUCUACUUAGAGUCUGAGAAUUAG